AGCGAAUCUAAGUCAAGCAAAUCUGAGACAUGGGGAAAUCCAAGGGACCUGGAAAUGUGCCGAACCGGCCAACAUAUUCUCGAAUAUCCUAUUUAUACCAGGCAGCGGCUUAUUUGGCAAGUCAUGCUGAGACGAAAGGUCCUGAGCCUGAAGGUACUGAGCGUGAUGGAGCAACACUAGAAAAGCAAGUGUCUCAUGCUCAUGCUCAACGCAACAAACAUUCACUGUCGCGGCGUCUCAUCACUGAUCUUCGAUCUACAUCUUUGAAGAGUCAAAUACGCCUAUCUCCUUCUAUGAAGCAUACAAUUUGUAAAUUCUGCGAUAGCUUACUAAUCGAGGGGGAGACAAGCAACACCAUAGUUGAAAACAAAAGCAAGGGCUGCAAGAAACCAUGGGCCGAUGUACUUGUUGUCAAAUGCCAUACCUGUGGAGGAGUGAAGCGUUUUCCAGUUCAAGCCCCUCGCCAGAAGCGGCGACCAAUACGCGAGAAGGAAUCGGAAGAGAAGCAAAGGCAACAGGCUGACGCCACCACCGAUGCAGACUGAUGUUAUCGCAUCUACUCCAACGACUAUCGCAGCGGUGCUACUAGCUUUCGUGAUUGGGAAAAGGCGGGUUUCCUAGCUACUCGAAGCCUUCUCACGGAUGGUGACCUCGCUCCAGAUGCGCGUUCAUUUUCGAAGUUUGAGAAAGCCUCACCGAACCAUCUCGCAGGCCUAGAGCCAAUUAGGACUCGAAUAUUCACGUCUCGAUUUCAACUGG